UAUACUGGCAAUAUAUUCUUUUCAAUUCUUUAAAUUAUUCUGGCAUUAUCAUUCGCCCUUAAUUUUAUUCAGCUAAUCGUUUAAAUAAAGGAUGGAGGAAUCUCGAAAUGAUUUGCUUAAAUUUUUUAUUCAAUAUAAUGACGAAUCUGUUCCGCAAAUCAUGCAAAUUCCAUCACAAUUGUCCGAAAAAUCAAGUGAAAAAUUCAUUGAACAAUUGAAACAAUUUAUUAAUCUUCUACUACAUUUUCGAUACAUGUCGAUGUAUAUGAAAAAACAUUUAGAUUCAAUGAUGGAUGAUAAAUCGGUGGAACCAUCCACUCAACUUGCGAAAUCGUUGGUCUACGAACUCAGUGAAGAUAUACAAUUCUGUUCGGAAAAAUUCGCUCAACUGAUUGAUUCUUCGUCAUUUUUUGAUUUUGUUCAUAAACGUGAACGAUUCUAUUUGGAGAAUAUGGAUUCAUAUUUUCCAUUUAAACGUGAUAAUUGCCAAAGCGGUAAUAAAAUGACGGUGUUCAAUGAACAUCACAAUCAAAAUGAUUCGAUUGCUGUGGAACUAAUUCCGAAUGAUAUUGUUGUUAUCAAUCAUGAACCUGAUUCAACACAUAAUUCGAAUGAUGAUUCAGCAUCAAUAUUAACUGACCAAUCACAUCAUCAGAUUAAUUUAUUGUAUUCAAAUCCAUCGCAAUCAUCCUCAAGUCAACCACAAGAUGUUCAUGCAACUCUUUUGGAUGGCCUUUUGUCCUCGGCUGAUAAUCAACAACAUCAUUCAACCGACAAUCUUUCACAGACGCAAGCAACUAAACGACCUCCCAAUGAUGAUGGUGAUAAACGUCGUCAGUCAAAACGUUCGAGAUCAUCGACCAAAGUAUCAACCAUAGAACAAGAGGAUGAUCAGUCUACCGGAUCGAUUGGAACCACAGCCACCGAUUUGUUGCUAGUUGAAUUUCAUUGCCAAUUUGAAGGCUGCCGAUAUCGAUCAAAGUCUUUAUCCCAGGUAAAAGAUCAUGAAAACCGUCGUCAUGUUCAACAGGUACAACCCUGUCAAUACGAAGGCUGUAAGGCAGUGUUCAAUGGAAAAGAAGAACUUGAUUCACAUAUGUCAAAUGAACAUUUGAAUUUAAAACUCCAGUGUGAAAUUGAUGGCUGUGAACAAUUGUUUCCUAAUGUAUCACGAUUACGGCAACAUAUUAAAGAUGAACAUAGGCCAUCAACAAUCUGUAGUAAUCCGGAUGGUGCAACAGACCAUUUUACUUGCCGUAAUUGUGGCAAAAGUUUUGCAAGACGUAAAUAUUUACAUAAACAUAUUAAACGGAUGCAUGACAAUGUAGAAAAAGCAUCGAAGAAAAAAUCCACAACAAAAGGCAAAAAGCCGAAAUCUGUUUCAGAGGAUCUUCCAUAUUCGCCAACCUCUGGUUCGAAUGAAGCUGAUGAUAAUGAUGAUGAUGAUGAUGAUGAUGGUGAUGAUCAUGAUCAUGAUGAUGGUGGUGGUAGCAAUAAUGACAAAGAUGAUGAUACUAUUGAAAUUGGUGAUGAUAAUUGUGACAAUGAAAAACAAGAACUCUUGUCUAAAUCUAAGAAAAAAUCCACAUCAAUCUUUGAAUGUUCAAACGAAUCCUGCGCUGAAACAUUCACAGAAAAAUCAAAAUUGAAUCAACAUGUUCGAGAAAAACAUAGGAUCGAAUAUUUGACCUGUAAAUUUUGCGAUAAACUUUGUCCAACACGCAAUAGCCUUACUAAUCACAUUUGGAUCAUGCAUGAAGAGGGCGAAUAUCGGUGUCCGUUUGAAAAUUGUGAUUUUACAUCGAAAUUUCGUAGAAAUCUACUUAAUCAUAAAAAACUACGUCAUCAAAGACAUCGUAAAUGUCCUAUUUGUGGUGAAUUGAUAAUCGCUUCACGGUUUCAACGUCAUAAAAGCAGUCUACACAAAAUUAAAAAUUAUACCUGUUCAUGGCCCGAUUGUGGUAAAGCAUUUGCCGAUAAUUCAGCCCUAAAGAAUCACGUGCGUAUUCAUUUAAAUUUUAAACGUUUCAAAUGUAAAUGGCCCGACUGUGGUUAUGCAUCUGAACAACGUUUCACCGUUAUUACACAUAUUCGUGUCUGUCAUUUCAAAUUACCUCGAACGAAAAAGAAACAAAUGGAAUUGAACAUAGUACAGGAUGAACAAACACAGAAUCCUUAUGAUUACCUAGAAACAUGUCGUGAGGAUAUUUGCAUCUAAAUUUGAUUUAUUUAAUUAUUUCAUUCAUCAUCGCGAUGAUGAUAAUGUUCUUUUUGAUGAAAAAAUUAAAAUUUUAAUUCUGAAAAUUUUUCGUUUUUCAUAAAUCUUUACGUUGUGCUGGGACCACCAUGUGUGUGUGUGUGUGUGUGUGCACAUUGGAUAUUGGCCUUUUGUCGUCUAUCCUAUUGUUCCGGUUUUCGAUUGUCAUUCAAAUGGAGGUAUGUACGGCUCAAUCGAAAUGAACAAUGGUAUCAAUAUAUUGUUCG